AUGAAGUACAAAAGCGUAGUAUCAAUCAAUUUAUUAUUUCUUCAUUUAUUAAUCCUACUAAUAACACCAACAACUCAAUUCGAAUUAAUAGUAAAUGAUCAAGAAAUAGAAAACCCAAAACAAGUUUUAAAAUCAAAAUUUAAAAAAUUAGUUCCUUUGGAAUUACAAGAAAAUUUAGAAAUCCCAGUUAGACCAAAUCAAAUUAAUUUAAGAGAAAGUUUUAUACAAUCUAAGAUUAAGGAAUCUUCACCACCACCUCCUUUAAGACCUUUUGAAACUAAAAAAUAUACAAAUAAAUUAAAGUCUUUAUUUAGAAAAAGUAAUUUGAAGUCUGGGUUGGUCAAUGUGGAAACUACUUCUUCUAUCACUUAUGCUACUGAAACUAGUUCUGAAUCUGAUUUUUUUGAAAUUGACACAGAUGAUGAAGAAGAUGUCAAACUCAAUCUGGAUUUGAGAUUAAAGGAUGAUCACACUAAUCAAACUACAAGAACCACUAUAAAUUAUAAUUCAGUAUCGGUCAGUAUUGCUGUUUUAGCAACUUCAACAGCACCUACUGUUGAAUCACCUCAAACUUCACAAAUUCCAACAAUCCAUUCAAAUAAAUCAUGGAUAAAAGAAUUUCUACAAUUUAAAAAAUCACAAACUCAAAAACAACCAAAAAGAUCAUCAUUAAAUAAUCAUCGAUUAAAAUCCAAAAUAACAGAAUAUGAAGAUUCAUUAAAUAACCCAAAAGAUCUUAAAAAAUGGGUAAGAUUAAUAGCUUCUCCACCACCACAACAAUAUCAACAAAAGAAAAAUUAUUUAAAAAAUAUAAAUCAAGAAAUUGAAAUUGAUAUAAAUGAAUUUAUAUCAUAUUUAGUAAAAGAACAAAAUUUUAAUGAAUCAGAUUUAAAUUUUUUAAAAUUUAAAAAUUUAGAUUAUGGAUUAAUUGAAAUUGAACAAGAAUUAAAUAAAUUAAAAGAAGAUGAAAUUUCAAAAAAACCGAAAGUUAUUAGUAUUGGUGGUGAAGAUAUUAUGAAAUCUAAUGAUGGCUCACUAAUCAGAUUAGAAUUUUGGGUGUUGUUCGUCUUCUUCGUGUCCUGUGUUGAUUGUAUAUGGUCUAACGUAAUAUAA